UUAUAUUAUUUUACUUCUUGCGAAUGUAACUCAUCAUAUAUAAAAACCGUGUCUGAACAAAAUCUCCAUCACCCGUCAUCAAACGAAUCUUGAUUUCAAUCUGCGAAUUUCUCUCAAUUCAUCGACUCAGGUUUUAGUCGAACAUAGUAAGCAGCAAAUGUCUGAAACAAAUGAUGGCAACCCCAUGCCCUCAAAGGAGCAAGAGGAAGCAGUAAUCAAGAAAAAGUAUGGAGGGUUGUUACCGAAGAAAAACCCGUUAAUCUCGAAGGACCAUGACCGGGCUUUCUUUGAUUCCGCUGAUUGGGCACUUGGAAAGCAAGGACAGAAGGCCAAAGGUCCGUUAGAAGCACUCCGCCCCAAAUUACAGCCAACACCGCAACAACAAUCACGUUCAAGGCGCUCAGCUUAUGCCCCCGCAGGUGAAGGCGAAGUUGAUGGUGGGAAUGCUGAUGUGGAUAACGACGAAAAAGACCAAGAAACCCCCCGGGCCGAUUGAUUUAGUUACUAUAGCAUAAAUCAUAUUGUUGCAUCUUUGGGAACCAUUGGUCUUGUUGGUGAUUACCAUAAACCAUAUUGUUGUAUCUUUGAGAGUUUUACCAUCGGGCAAUGCUUUAUGUUGAAACAGUGUUGGAUUCGUUUCAUUUUCUCAGAUCGUCUUCUAUGUAUGUUGGUUAUCUUUCAUAUCAUGUGUUUUAAUAUGUUUUGAAGAGUAUU